AUGGUUAAAUUAUUACGGAGAGUUUUUGAUUUGUAUGUGUUAAUCGCUCUAUACAAUUAUAAUUAUGUAAAUUGUGAUUCGGACCUGCAGUGUUAUGUGUGUACUGAUUGCGAACACAAUUAUGAAAAUACAAAGACCACAUGUAAAGAUGUCCAUCAAACAGAACAAGGAACUCCUGGUUUGCCUGAUACCACUACUAUAAGAGAAGAAUUAAAGACAACCGACGAAACAUUAACUAGCACCACUAUUUCUGAUCCUAUCACUUCUACAGACACAACAUUUUCUACAGAUGAGACUGCAUGUACUUUCGAAUCUGAUCUGACAACAUCCCGUACAAAUCUAGAUAUAACACGAUCUACUUUAAGUUCUGCGACUAGAGAUACAACCACUACUGACAGUAGUAGUUACGUUACUACAGAACGAGAGUUUAGUACGGUUAAAACUAAGGAUGAUUUAGGCACAACGGCAGGUAGCAGUGCCCUUGAUGAAGACUCACGUUUGACCAAUUUGCCCGACACAAAUUCUACAACAAGUGCAGGAGCUGCAGAAAAAGGCACAACAUUCUCUUAUGAGACAACAGAUACAGCGCAGUCUACGAGAUAUGAUACUUCUACUUUAUCUAAUCAAGAUGGAACGUUGCAAACAGAAACAUCAACACAAAAUGACGUAGAGUCUUCAACAGCAAAUGAGCCUAAAACUAGUACGACUUAUAAUGAUAGUCAAAGUACAGUGACGACCACGAUCUCUAAUCAAAGCACUGACUCUCUUAAUAAAGAUGUUAAUCCCACUUCAUCUACAAGUAACAGGGUGACAACGACACUAAAUAGUGAUAGAACGAGUUUUGUACCAACUGAGCCGUCUGUAACAAUUACCCAUCAACCAACUGAAGAUUCUGAAAGCACUACAUAUAAUAAUAACUUCACAAAUUCGUUACGAUCAGAUAGUACUGAACCUGCAGCUACCUCAACAACUACAUCAAAAGAAAAUCUUGAAACAACUAUUCCGUCUUAUAUCGAAACAUCAACUCAAAUAUACGAUUCAACAUCAGUCUCGACUGAAACAGAUUUUGAAACGGUUACAGAAGAAAAUUUUGCUAGUGAAAACAUCAAUGAUGUUCCGAAUGUUCAGAUGGUGGAUGAGGGAAAAUACUAUGAUCCACGUUACAGGUUCAGAAGAGCAGUCAAAAAUAGUGACACCACAAAACCCCGCUGCGUCGUAACCGCGUUUCAAGAAAAGAACAGGACAAUUGUGGUUCGUGGUUGUUCGUUUGGCCAGGAUAUGACUCCUCAAAAACACUGCAAUUCUCUAUUAGAUACUAAAUUUAGCGGAAACACGAGAGUUCAGGCUGAAAAUUCAGGAGUAUCUCAGACAUCAAAUGAAAGUAAUGACGCGGAAAAAACCGACUCCCAAAGAAUGGGCGCUGUUGCUCAUGCCGUGGCGGGUGGAGGCGGUUUCCAGUAUAGACCUGGUCCCCUACCUACGCCAGCUGCUUUGCUGGUAGAAUGUCACGUUUGCACCGAUUGUCCAAAAGUCCACGAAGACACACCUUCGAAAUUAUGCCCUUUCACUUUAGAUCCUAAUAAAAGGGGGAAAUGUAUAACAUAUGCUGAGAAGUAUAGACAUAUGCACAGACCGUGGUACAUUCGAGGCUGUGCAUCCGAGAGGGGUUCCUGCGAAGACAUAAGAAGAGCCCACGGAAACCACGCGGAUAUGGUCGACCUUAUCUUCUGCAGGGAGUGUGAGGGAGACAGAUGUAACACGAGCGCAGCUUCAACAAUUGUAGAAAGCACAAUAGCUUUGAUUGCGUUAAUCGUUGCUCCGGUUGUAACAAAAUUCACUUUGUCCUAA